AAGUUUCGAGAUUCACAAACCUUACCAAUCGGUAUAAAAUUAAACGACGACCGAUAUCUUUACUUUCGAUGCUUUGUAUCAAGGGUUAUCAGGUGCAUUGAAACGUCCCGUUAGAUCAUAGGGCAAAUUUGGUGUGCGUUAAUAAGAACAAAUACGUAAACCUGCCCCAUCCAUCCGUCCUUCCGCUUGCUGGACACCCUAUUCCAGCACACAUCACGGCUUCGAAAUGCCAGUAGUCGGUGUUGAGAAGCUCACAGAGCUUCAGGGUGCUCCAGACGGCAUCCGUAAUGUUUGCAUUCUCGCCCAUGUCGACCAUGGCAAGACAUCCCUCACAGAUGCUCUCAUCGCCACCAACGGCAUCAUCUCUCCCAAACUCGCAGGAAAGAUCCGCUACCUAGACUCUCGGCCAGAUGAGCAACUCCGUGGUAUCACCAUGGAAUCUUCCGCCAUCUCAUUGUACUUUGCCAUGCUGCGCCGGUCGUCUCCGGAAACGGAACCGAAACAGCACGACUACCUUAUCAACCUCAUUGAUUCUCCGGGGCACGUCGAUUUCAGCUCUGAAGUCAGUACAGCAUCCCGUCUCUGCGAUGGAGCCAUGGUGUUAGUUGAUGCAGUUGAGGGGGUUUGUAGUCAAACGGUCACGGUCCUCCGGCAGACAUGGACGGAGAAAUUGAAGCCCGUCUUGGUCAUCAAUAAGAUGGAUAGGCUCAUUACAGAGUUGAAGAUGAGCCCUUACGAAGCACACAUCCACCUCAAUAAACUCCUAGAGCAGGUCAACGCCGUAGUCGGAGGCUUCUUCCAGGGAGAACGAAUGGAAGAGGACUUGCGGUGGCGGGAGCGAUUGGAACAGAAAGUAAACGCCGCCGCUGACAAGGCCAAGGGGAAGAGUGGCGGAACAGACGCGAGCGAAAUCAUCGACGGCGACUUCGUAGAGAUGGACGAUGAAGAUAUCUACUUCGCGCCGGAAAAGAAUAACGUCAUAUUCAGCAGCGCGGUUGACGGCUGGGCUUUUACUGUCAAGCAAUUUGCCAGUUUAUAUGAGAAAAAACUCGGCAUUAAGAGGUCAAUCUUAGAGAAAGUACUCUGGGGAGACUUUUUCCUGGAUCGAAAGACCAAGAGAGUCCUCAGCUCUAAGCAUCUCAAAGGUCGUGCCUUGAAGCCAAUGUUCGUGCAACUGGUUCUUGAGAACAUUUGGGCGGUAUACGAUGCAACCGUCACUGGCAACGAUGGCAAGGGCGAUCCGGAACUUUUGAAAAAGAUCACAAAGUCUCUGAAUAUCACGCUUCCUCCACAUAUCCUCCGUUCCCGCGACCCACGCGCAUUACUUACCGCCCUCUUCGCUGCCUGGCUACCACUCUCCACUGCGGUGCUCGUCACCGUUAUCGAACAAAUCCCCUCCCCUCCCGCAGCUCAAGCAUUACGGAUACCAGACUUAGUCGCUUCGAGUCCCGGAAGCAAUGCAGUGGACCCAAAGAUCAAGGCCGCCAUGACGGAAUUUCAUUCCAAGAAGGAGGAUCCCCUCGUUGCGUACGUGAGCAAAAUGGUGGCAGUCAAGGAGAGCGAGCUACCGAAGGAGAAGAAAAGGGGUGGAUUCAUGCUGACAGCUGAGGAGGCACGGGACCUCGCGAGGAAGAAACGUGCACAGUUCGCUGCUGCUAAAACCACUGAGGUGGACGGCGUCACGGACUCACUAUCAAUGGCCACUAUCACUGGCGCGAAUGAUAUGAAUGGCGCAGAAGACGACAGUGUUGCGGAACCUGAAGAUCCAGAGCACCUUAUUGGAUUCGCACGACUCUAUUCUGGUACUCUCUCGGUUGGUGACGAGGUCUGGACUUACGGACCGAAAUAUAUGCCCGAUGCACCGGACGUUGCUCCUCCUACCAAAGCAACGAUCACGGGGCUAUAUCUUCUUAUGGGACGACAUCUGGAACCUUUGAAAAUAGCGCCAGCAGGAAUCGUGGUGGGGAUUGCUGGUCUGGCUGGCCAUAUCCUCAAAGCUGGCACGCUUUCAAACCUCGGACCGGCCGGGACCCCCAAUCUCGGCGGAAUAUCUGGCUCCGUUCGACCUAUUGUUCGGGUUGCACUGGAGCCAGUAUUCCCUGCUGACUUGGACAAACUCAUCACUGGUCUCAAGUUGCUCGUACAGGCGGAUCCGUGUGCUGAAUAUGAGGUUCUGGAGUCAGGAGAGCAUGUGGUGUGUUGUGCCGGCGAAUUGCAUCUUGAGCGUUGCUUGAAAGACCUGAGGGAGCGGUUCGCGAGAUGUGAGAUCCAGGCCGGAGAACCGAUCGUUCCUUAUAGGGAGAGCAUUGUGGAAGCGAAAGAGAUGAAUCCCCCUCGGGAGAAAGAUCUGCCGCGAGGCACAGUCAUUACAGCGACGCCUAGCGGCAUUGUGACGAUCCGGUUGAGGGUCAGGCCGUUGCCGGAGAAUGUGACCGAGUGCUUGAUCAAGAACUCGAGGUCAAUACGGAAAGUCUGGGCAGAGGGGCGCGAGAGUUUAGACGAGAGGCAUCCCGUGGGGGAAGGAGUUGGAAAUGCCUCAACAAGCGAAUUAAUAGUUGGAGGGGACUUGGACCAGGGCGAACUGUGCUCAAGAGACGAUCUCAGGAAACGUUUGAUGUCUGCUUUUGAAGUGGCUGAGAAGGACAAUGGCACAUGGAAGGGGGUGGUUGACACGAUCGCUGCAUUUGGUCCACGGCGAGUUGGUCCGAACGUGUUAAUCGACGCGACGAAGGACGGCGCAUGCAGCAAAGUACUACACGAGACAAAUGGCGCUUCGGAAGGAUCGAUCACAAACCAACAUUCUAGAGCAGGUCUAACAGCGCAAGACCUCUCUGACAAGAUCAACUACGCGUUCCAACUGGUAACAGCUCAGGGGCCGCUCUGUAAUGAGCCGAUGCAAGGCGUGGCUGUCUUCCUCGAGGACAUCACCAUUUCAAGCUCGAUGGAUGAAGCGGCCAGCGCUCGUGACAAACUUGGUCGAUUAACCAGUGAAGUGAUAAAGGCAGUCAGGGAUUCCAUUCGCACUGGGUUCCUGGACUGGAGUCCGCGCAUGUUGCUUGCCAUGUAUAGCUGCGAGAUCCAAGCUUCAACGGAGGUCCUUGGUCGGGUCUAUGGCGUCAUCACUCGGCGUCGUGGUCGCAUCCUCUCCGAGGCCAUGAAAGAAGGCACGCCGUUUUUCACUGUCGUGGCCGUUCUCCCCGUCGCCGAGUCCUUCGGCUUCUCCGAGGAGAUCCGAAAGCGGACCUCAGGCGCAGCGAGCCCUCAGCUCGUCUUCCAUGGGUUCGAGAUGCUGGAUCAGGACCCGUUCUGGGUGCCGUUCACGGAAGAGCAAUUGGAAGAUCUGGGAGAGUUGGCGGAUAGGGAGAACGUGGCGAAGAUGUAUACAGAGAAGGUGAGGAAGAGGAAGGGGUUGUUUAUUGCAGGGAAGAAGUUAGUGGAGAAUGCGGAGAAACAGAAGACGAUGAAGAAUAACUAAGGAAGAUUUUUCCUCGCAGUGCAAUACGAAGGGAAUGAAUGGUUGCCGCUACAAUGAAGUGUAUCUUCCGGGUGUAGUCGGGCGAUCCGCAAAUCACACAGAUCAAGGGUUCCCUUUUGAACGUGUAGCCAUAUCAGUAUCCAAUCCUCGGACUACAACCAGUUUCGUAGUCUCCGGCAUCGUACUGCCACCAGCGCUACUGAUACACUUUAGUGGAUGUGCUGGGCCAUGACUAAACCCCUGAAGUUCCGGAAGACUUAAUUUCCGACAUGAUAUCAACGAAAAUGAAGUUAGGAGGUUCCAACUCCCUGGAACCGAUCUUCAACAGGAUGAUCUG